AUGACGACUGUUGGAAGCCACAACAAUGGCGAUGUUGUUGCGAUGAACGGCCCCUGCACUGCACCGAUUGCAAUGGACCAAGCUCCCACUACCACUUCCCAGGAAAUUAUCAGUGAUGAUGCCACAAGGGCCAUUGAUGGUCACGAGGAAGACCCACCACAUACUCCUAUCAUUGUGGUGGAAAAGGAUGAAGACGCACCACCUCUUCCCUGGUGGUACCCAAGAAUCCGUGGCAAACCCCUGUUUUACGGAAAUCAGGAAGCUCUCGGAUGGGCAUGUACCGUCGUGGCCAACUCGGGCAUUAGCCUUGGCAUUGGCAUUUUUGUAGUUCCCGCUGCCUUGGAAUUGGCCAAGAAGGAGGCAGGAUGCGCCACGGAGGUUCCAGAAGGAAUGGAUGAAAUCCCAGAGUGCUACGGGGAAGUCUAUGGCGUCAAGCCAACUUCCUUCUUUACUGUCAUAUCCACCAUUGUGGGGUUGGCAGCAGCCUUUGUCAUUCCCUUGGCGGGUGCACUGGUGGACUACACACCUCACCGGCGAUUGCUGGGUCGCAUCUUUUCCUUUGCCUUUACCAUCCUCAUUCUGGCCCCCGCCUUUCUCAAUGAACAAACAUGGUUUGUCGUUUCCAUAGUGAUCAUGGUCAACCUGGUCAUUAGCAUGGCCCAAGGCAUGCUUUUCAAUGCAUACUUGCCCGAACUAACCGACAAUGAAGAUCGACUCAAUGAGUUCUCCCGAACCUUUACAAUUCUCAGCUUUUCUUCCAUUGUCCUCUUCUUGGGGAUUGUCAUGGGGAUUGGAGCCGGGCUGGGAAUCACAGGCGACUCUGUGGCCGUGGCUAGAUUAUCUGCAAUUGUUGCAUUUUGUUUCAGCAGUGUCCUAUUCUAUGCCUCAUGGGGCCUGCUGUUCCAAGAACGACCCGCCGCUCAUGAAUUGCCACAAGGUCAAUGGUUGCUCUCGGCGGGAUUUCGACAAGUCUAUCGAACCACCAUCAAAAUCCAAAAACACUACCAUGGACUCAAAUGGUUCUUCCUUUCCUUGUGUGUGGGAGACGCCGCCGUGCAGUCACUGACACUGCUCGCCAUUACCUAUGUCAGCGACCAACUGGAGUUUAACUCCACAGAGGUCGUCCUGGCAUCGGCUCUGGUGAUUAUUUCGACCAUUCCGGGAGCACUGGUGGGUGCCGUCUUUAACCGAUGGGUCAAUCCAAUUCGCAGUUCGGCGCUCUCCGUCCUGGGCUUUUUCAUCUUGACCCCUCUCUGGGCCCUGGUGGCUUCUGGACCGGGAGACCAAAAUGUCACGUACUUUUGGUGCUUUCUCUUUGGUUUCUUUACGGGGUGGAAGUACACGGGUGACCGAGUCCUCGUCAGUGCCAUCUUGCCUGAAGGUCAGGAUGCCGAACUCAUGGGGAUGUAUAGCUUUUGUGGUUAUGUCUUUAGCUGGGCGCCAACCCUGCUAUUCACGGUCAUUAAUGAGGCUGGUGAGUCCCAACGAUUGGGCCUCGUCAGUCUCGACAUCUUUUUUGGUGCUGCCCUGAUUGCCUACUGCAUGAUGGGUGACUACUCUGUGGCGGUUCGCAUCGCUGAUCGCCUCAAGAUUGAUACUUGUACAGUGAACCAAGAAGAAGACGAGGAACCAGAAGAAGGAGAAGAAGGGGCAUCGACUGCAGACGACAAUGUUUAA